GUCAGUUUCAAUACUACCUUAAGCAACUAGUAUUUAGAUUCUAAAUUCUAGAGCAGGGGUCACCGGUCACUUUAAGUGCCACUGAUCCCAUAUUGACAGCAUAUCCCGGACUUUGGGUCCGGUGGCUAAGGGCCCUGCCUUGAAGAGCAUUAGAACUAGCAUUGCUCCCGAAUCCAUCCAUAAUUCUCUCGCAGAUAUUGUACACCGUUCGUGAUAUUUUUCGCAUGACAGUAGAUCAGAUCACUGCUCAUCUAUCCAGCAAUCAUCAUGCCGUCCGCCAGUCCAACGGAGAGAUUUAAGCGUAUCGGCAUCGUCGGAGUCGGGAGUAUGGGCUCGAUGAUGGCAUUCGCUUUCUCGGAGCUCGGACUUGAUGUCUCCGUGUGGGAUGUGGACAAGAGAAACGUUGAUAAAGUGAUGGACUGGACCAAGAAAGCCACGACAAUGAAAGGCAAGAUUGAAGGAUUCACCGAGAUCGACGACUUCACCAAGAGCCUCGAAGGUCAUGGGAUUGGCAAACUGUUCAUGUUCUCCAUCACCCAUGGACACCCUGCAGACUCGGUGUUGAAAUUGAUCAAGCCGGAUCUGAAGAGGGGUGACAUCAUUCUCGAUGGAGGAAACGAGAAUUAUCGCCGGACUGAGCGACGCCAGAGAGAGUGCGAAGAUAUCGGCGUGACUUGGAUUGGAAUGGGUGUUUCGGGAGGCUAUCAGUCAGCGCGACGUGGACCCAGUCUGUCUCCUGGUGGCGAUGCUAAAGCUAUAGAACUUGUCAUGCCGCUUCUCCAGGCAUAUGCGGCCAAGGAUCCCAAGACGGGAGCACCAUGUGUCACUCGCAUCGGCCCUGGUGGUUCCGGUCAUUUCGUCAAGAUGGUCCACAACGGAAUCGAGGGUGGCAUGCUCUCCGCGCUUGCCGAGGCUUGGUCGUACAUGCAUUUCGGUCUCGGUAUGGACUAUGAGCAGAUUGGCGAUGUAUUCACCGACUGGAAUUCCAAGGGCGAGUUACGGAACAACUUCCUGAUCAGCAUCGGUGCCGACAUCGUGAGAGCUAAAAAGACACCCAAGGGUGACUGGAAAGGCGAGGGUGCUAGUGACAAUAAUGGAUAUGUUCUGGACGAUGUAUUCGACAAGGUGGUCCAAGACGACGACAACAGCGAAGGCACACCACUCUGGUCAGUCAUGGAAUCUGCGUCUCGACACGUAUCAACCCCGACUCUAGCAGCAGCACACUACAUGCGCAUUACGAGUGGGAACCGUGCCGAGCGAAUUGAAGUUGCCAAAAGGCUUCAGAUGCCCACACCACGGACCAUGGAAAAUAUCAAAGAUCGCGCGACGGUCGUGGAAAAGCUCCGCAAAGCCUUGUACUGCACCUUCCUGUCAUCCUUCUGUCAGGGCCUGGAGCUCAUUGCUCGAGCAUCAAAGGAUGAAGGCUGGUCAAUCAAUAUGGGCGAUUGCCUGCAAAUCUGGCGAGCAGGUUGUAUUAUCCAGUCGGAGUAUAUUGCGGACCUCCUGCAGCCACCGUUGACAUCUAACCAGCAUGUGAUGAAUCUGAAAUGCAUCGAUGCAGUGGCUCGAGAAUUGCACAGCAACUUUGCAGCCUUGAAAUCAACCGUCUUGGAGGGUAUAAUGUACGACCAAUAUAUGCCAGCGCUGUCGGCGACUGUGGAGUACCUCAAGUACGACGGUGGUACGAUGCUUCCGACCAAAUUUAUGGAGGCUCAGAUGGAUUACUUUGGCGCACAUGGCUACAAUAAGCCGGGUGUUUACGGAGAGGACCCUGGACCGACUCACAAGGGCCCUCAUCACUACGAAUGGAAGCCUGCAUAA